AUGGUUAUAUUGAGUGUCUGUAAUCUCUCAGAGGGAAGCUGUGAAACUCUGUCUUCACUUCUCAGCUCCCAGCCCUCCAGUUUGAGAGAGCUUGACCUAAGUAACAAUGACCUGAAGGACCCUGGAGUGAAAGCUUUGUCUUCUGGACUGAAAAGUCCAUAUUGUGAACUGGAAACACUCAGGCUGUCAGGCUGCCUGAUCACAGAAGAAGGUUGCAAGUCUUUGGUCUCAACUUUUAGCUCAAAUUCUUCCCAUCUGAAAGAGCUGGACCUAAGCUACAAUAAUCCGGGAGAAGCAGGAGUGAAGAUGCUUGAGCAGCUAAGACUGGACACUUUGAGGGUGGAGCCUGCUGGAGAACAAUGUUGA